AUGAAGAUUGUCAACGAGAAGAGCUUGCUGCACCUGGCCACAUCUGAUUACCUCACAGACAAAGAAGGAUACUUGUACAAGAAAACGGAGCUCAGCAAAGGUUUUCAGAAGCGCUGGUUUGUUCUUAAGGGAAACCUGUUGUUUUAUUUUGGGAAGAAGGGUGAGCGAGAACCUCUGGGUGUUAUCAUCUUAGAAGGUUACACAAUCGAACUUGCAGAAGAUAUGGAAAAUUUUGUGUUUAUGAUUAACUUCACUGGCGUAGAGUCAAAGGCUUACUACCUGGGGGCUAAAUCUCAGGAAAUGAUGGAGUCAUGGAUGAAAAUUCUCUCAUGUGCCGGAUAUGAUUUUAUGAAGCUAAAGAUACUAGAACUUCAGAGCCGAGUGGAAGAACUCUCCUUAACUGGAGUAAAUCUGGUUAAAGCAGCCAUUAAGGAUGGCCAGAUUUUAAGCCAUGUCUAUGGUACUGAAAGUGCCUGUUCAUCAUGUGAUGUGGACAACAAACAUGCUGUUGGUUCCUGGACACUUUCAGAUCCUAGCCAUGAUCAUGGGCAUCCUGCCUGUAGCCAGUGCUCCAAGGGGAGCCCAGCUUUUGGGCAGGUUUCUUGUCCAGUGUCCUCGACUCCCAAAGUCGAUCUUGUGACAUGGCCAGUCCUGGGACUGCAGUCUUUCACAGAAAUGCAUGACUUUGUCAAACAGCAAAUUGAUAGGAUCCCAAAUUAA